UUUCAGAUCCAAAAUGGCGUCAGUUUCCUCAACCGCCCGCUGAGCAACACUGUACCGGAGCCAGUCAUUCAGUCGGCUGCUAUCAUGGCGUCUGCCAGCACGAGGAGUAGGUUGUCCUGCGGGAGAGAUUUGAACUGUGUGCCUGAGGUCGCCGACACUUUAGCCGUGGUCGCCAAACUUGGGUUUGACUUCCUGUGCAUGCCCCUGUUCCACCCGAGAUUUAAACGAGAGUUUGAGUUAGAACCCGCUAAAUCCAGAGCUGGAGCCCAGACCAGGUCCGACCUGCUGCUGUGUGGAAGAGAUUGGAACACUCUGAUUGUUGGGAAACUGUCUCCAUGGAUCGACGCAGAUUCAGAAAUCCAGACGGAACGCAGGAACUCCGAGGCAGCUCUGGCACAGGAGCUGAACUUCUCUGCCUACCUGGGGCUUCCUGUCCUGAUGAUCCCUCUGAGGGGUCCACAUUGUGCCAAUCUCGCUCGUGUGCUUCUGAACCACAUCCAAACAGGACACCACUCCUCAAACUUCUGGAUACAAGUCCCACUAAUGGAUCCGGAGGACGUGCGGGAGGAUCUGAUUGAGAACGAAGCCGCCACUUGCAUCGACGAGACAAGUAUUGACGAGAAGACUUGGAGUUGGUGGCACUCAUUCAGAACUCUGUGUGAUUACAACAAGAGGGUCUGUCUAGCUGUUGAAAUUGGAGCAGACAUGCCGUCAGAUGAGGUGGUCGAUAAGUGGCUCGGUGAACCAAUCAAGGCAGCCAUACUUCCCACCAGCAUCUUCCUCACCAAUAAGAAGGGCUUCCCCGUUCUGUCCAAGGCCCACCAGCGAAUCAUCUUUCGUCUCUUUAAGUUGGAGGCCCAGUUCAUCUUCACAGGCACCAGUCGUCACUCUGACAAGGAUUUCAGAUCCUACCUGCAGUAUCUGGAAUAUCUGAACCAGAACCGACCUUCACCUAACUCGUAUGAGCUCUUCGCCAAAGGCUAUGAAGACUACCUGCAGUCCCCCCUACAGCCACUGAUGGACAAUCUGGAGUCACAGACAUAUGAAGUAUUUGAGAAGGAUCCUAUCAAAUAUUCACAGUAUCAGCAGGCUGUGUAUAAAUGUCUACUUGACCGAGUUCCUGAAGAGCAGAAAGACACAAACGUCCAGGUGCUGAUGGUGUUGGGGGCGGGUCGAGGCCCUCUAGUCAACGCAUCUCUGCGAGCUGCCAGGCAGGCGGACAGGAAGUUGCGUGUGUACGCCGUGGAGAAGAAUCCCAACGCUGUAGUCACGCUGGAGAAUUGGCGUUUUGAAGAGUGGGGUGAACAGGUGACCGUGGUGUCAUGUGACAUGCGGGAGUGGGCGGCGCCAGAGAAAGCAGACAUCAUUGUCAGCGAGCUGCUGGGAUCAUUUGGUGACAACGAACUCUCUCCAGAGUGUCUCGAUGGAGCGCAGCACUUUCUCAAAGACGGCGGCGUCAGCAUCCCCUCUUCCUACACGUCCUUCCUGGCUCCGCUCUCCUCCUCCAAGUUGUACAACGAAGUCCGCGGCUGCCGGGAGCGGGACAAGGACCCCGAGUGUCACUUCGAGACGCCCUACGUCGUUCGCCUCCACAACUUCCACCAGUUGGCCGAGCCCAAAGCCUGCUUCACCUUCAAACACCCCACCGAUGAUAUGAACAACAACCGGUACCAGUGUCUCCGAUUCUCCGCGGGCUGUAACUCUGUGCUCCACGGCUUUGCUGGAUACUUUGAAGCCACACUGUUCAAGGAUGUCACACUUAGUAUAAAACCAGAUACACAUUCACCUGGAAUGUUCUCCUGGUUCCCCAUCCUGUUUCCUCUCAAACAACCCAUCUCCGUAUCCCGGGAAGAUGAGAUCGCAGUCAGGUUCUGGCGCUGCAACAAUGGGAAGAAGGUCUGGUACGAAUGGGCCGUGACGGAGCCUUCAUGUUCUGCCAUCCAUAACCCAGCGGGGCGCUCCUACACCAUCGGCCUGUGAAGAUGAGAACUCCUCAGAGGCGGCAGAUAAACUGCUCCUUCACAUACACUUCUGUUUAGUUUGGUUUUUACAAGACCACGUGUAUCACUUUGGAUCUGGUCUGUGUUCUCACCGUCUGUGUUCUCACCGUCUGUGUUCUCACCGUCUGUUCUGCAGCAGGUGUGGACUGUUAUUACCUGUAAACAACACUGUCGCUGUGACAUUAGUUUCUUCCCGUUAGGUGAACAUCAAACUCUCAGUGAUUUUUGUUGCAUUUAUUUCGCCCUUCAGUCAGAAAGUACACACUCAAUCCAGACCUGUCCCACACACAUUCCACCGUGGUUCACAAACCAUGAUUCAAAUACAUUUUCGUCAACGUAAUGGUUAAAAAGAUGAAUGCACUUCAAGUCCCACAGCCCUUGUUGUUUUGAAGCUGUUUGAUCCUCUUUGUAUUUGUCUUUGAUUUUUCUUAUGUUUGAUUGAAUCCUGUCAAUAAAGACGAUACUGAACUGUUU